GAUUUGAAAGCAGAACUCCAGACAAGGAGGAAUUUAAACUGGAAGAGCCCAAAGAGGCUGCAUGGCCAAGUGCCAUCUCAGCAGAGUCCCAGGCAGACAUCCCUGAGUUAGCAGGACAGCCUUUUGCUCAGACAGUGGGGCAUGAGACAAAGAGCGCUGGUGGAGGAGGGACCCCCCUUGGCAGCAGUGAAGUUUUGGAGGUUACAGUGGCAGAGGGUACCUCUGAGUCAGAGGCCAAAACACAGUUUAUCUGCACAGAGUGCGGGGUGAACUUCCCGCAGCUCUCCCGCCUGAAGAAGCACCAGCUGAACUCGCACCCGGGCUCGCGCUCCUUCCUGUGCCUGUGCUGCGGGAAGAGCUUCGGGCGGAGCUCCAUCCUCAAACUGCACAUGCGCACGCACACGGACGAGCGCCCUCACGCCUGCCACCUCUGCAGCCACCGCUUCCGCCAGAGCUCGCACCUGGCCAAGCACCUGCUCACGCACUCCUCGGAGCCCGCCUUCCUGUGCGCAGAGUGCGGCCGCGGCUUCCAGCGCCGCUCCAGCCUGGUGCAGCACCUCCUGUCGCACGCCCAGGUCCCGAAGCCCACGGCCACCCCGGAGGCCGAGGCCCAAGUGGCCGAAGCCAAAGUGGCCGAGGUGGCCGUCGUCCUGUGUACCCACUGCGGGCAGACCUUCCAGCGCCGCUCCAGCCUGAAACGUCACCUGCGCAUCCACGCCAGAAGCAAGGAUCACGGGGGCGCAGAGGGCGCGCGUGGCCUUCACCCUGGUCGCGAGCGCAGGCCCCACGCGUGCGGCGACUGCGGAAAGGCGUUCCGGCGCCUGGAGCACCUGGUGACGCACCGGCGCGUGCACACGGGCGAGCGGCCCUUCUCGUGCCAG